AUGGGCACUCCAGGGGGAUUCAUGACAGUUCCGUAUCAGAGCAUGGCAAUGGAGGGAGAGCUAGUCCCAGCUCCUGAGCUAUCAUUGUCAACCCCUGCCUGCGUGCCCAAGGUUCAGUCUCUGUUGACACCCCUUGACCAAGAGGCCCCUUCAGGCCAGGACCUACCAAUGCAGCCCUCUGGUGCCCAGAUAAACAGAGGAGUUCCUGGGACUCCCCAGAUCUACUCUUUUAUCUAUAUGAGUGAUCACAGCAUUGACAUGAUACAUCAACACAAAGUUGAUCACAGCUUUUCAUCCCAUAUGUCAGCAUCCCUGAUGAACAGAAUGGCUCCAGAGAAUCCUCAGCCAGACCCUCUUAUCCACAUGGAUAAUUCCAGCAUGAAUUUGAUACCACAGAAUCCAGCUGGUCCCACAAAAUGGAAGAAGCAUCAAAAACGCACCUCAUUCAUGCACACACAGUAUGAAGAGCUGGAGGCUCUGUUUAGCCAUACCAUGUUUCCAGAUAAAAAUCUCCAGAAGGAACUUGCUUUGAAACUCAACCUACCAGAGUCAACCAUAAAGACUUGGUUCAGGAACCGGCGAGUCAAACUGAGGAAGCAGCAGCAGCAACAGCUAUCACUAAAGCAACCAAGCCGGGUUCUUCCAGUCCAGAACGGACCCACCUCACUCACAACAUCCACCGGUCCUUUUUCUUCUUUUCCUGUACUUUCAGAUUUCUAUAGCUCCCUUCCACCUCAGCCCUUAGGCCUUUCCAAUUGGGCAUGGGACUCUAUCAUCACUGAGAGUCCCAUGAGUGAUGUCCAAAUGCAAGGUCCUCAGUUGGAGAGGCUAGUGGCCUCAGUUCCUGCUUUGUAUGGUGAUGCUUAUGACAUAGCCCAAAUCAUGGAACUGUACAGUUUUCCUGGUGAGGAUGAGCUAUCUGACUCUUCUUUCCACUGUCUAUAUCAGUAUCUCUCACCUACAGGUCCCAGCUAGAAACUUUACUUGUCCAGCUGUAGGUCCAUCUCCUGGCAAAUAUCGUCUAGUAUGACAAGGUGAGGCUUUUCAGCCUACAGCCUAAGAGACAGCCUGGAAUUCCAGAAACCCUCCAGUAUGAUGGAGUUUGGAUUCUUCUAA